AAGCUCCCGGCGCCGAUUGGGCGGCGGCUCCACGCGGCGAGUUUGAAAUAGCGGCGGAGCGAGGCCGGCGUGGUUGCGAUGGGGGACGCGGAGCUGCGCUGCACCGCCGUGCUGGAGCGGCCGCUGCCCGGGAACGCGGGGACAACGCGGCGUGUGCUGCGGGGAGCGACGGUGCUGCUGGGACGAGACGAGCUGCGGCAGCCGGUGCUGCGUGUGGCUGGAGGCGGAGGGGAAGGGUCGGCCGCCAGCUGGGUGCUGAGCGGUGACGCCGUGCGGCUGUUCACGCGGUUCGCGGGGGAGGGUCGCGCCGCGGUGCGGGUGGGUCCGGGCGGCGCCCAGGUGCUGCUGUCCGACUGCCCGCCACACGCACUGCGCCGCUUCCUCCGCAUCAUGAAGGUCAAGUUGGCCGCCGGGCCGAGGGGAGCGCCGAGACAACCCCGACUGCUGCACCGCCCGCAGCCUGCGUUCACCGUGAUCAGCCCCCUGCAGGACAGAGACAUGCGGCCACUGCGGGAUCGGGGCGGAGCCGAGAGACCGGCACAGGUGCCUCGUGUGGAGAGGCGGCCCCCUGCUCGGCUGUCAGUGGAGCAGGAGGCAGUGCUGGGAGCUGUGCGCAGUGGGAAGAGUGUCUUCUUCACUGGCUGUGCAGGGACUGGGAAGUCAUUUCUGCUGAAGAAGAUUGUGGGCUCCCUCCCUCCAAACAGCACCUAUGCUACAGCCAGCACUGGAGUGGCAGCUUGCCACAUUGGCGGCACCACCCUUCAUGCCUUUGCAGGUAUAGGCUCUGGGAAGGCACCACUGGAGCAGUGCAUCCAGCUGGCAGAGAGACCCGGGGUGAGGCAGCACUGGCUGGCCUGCCAACGCUUAAUCAUCGAUGAGAUCUCCAUGGUGGAUGGCAAGUUCUUUGACAAGCUGGAGGCUGUGGCAAGGGCAGUGAGAAAACGAGAUGAGCCUUUUGGAGGAAUUCAGCUCAUCAUCUGUGGGGACUUCUUACAGCUGCCCCCAGUCUGCAAAGUGAAUGAGGAAACCACAUUCUGCUUCCAGGCAAAAAGCUGGAGGAAGUGCAUCCACGUAAACAUGGAGCUGACAGAAGUGCGAAGACAGACCGACAAGACCUUCAUUUCUCUGCUAAGUGCAGUUCGUUUAGGCAGGUGCACAGAUGAGGUUAUCAGGCUGCUGAUGCAGACAGCUACUAACAGGUCCGAGUGUGAUGGGAUCUUGGCUACACGGCUCUGCACCCACAAAGAUGAUGUAGAACUGACUAACGAGAGACGCUUGCGACAGCUCCCAGGAGAUCUGCACACCUUUGAGGCUUUGGACAGUGACCCAAUGCUAGUGAAGUUAAUUGAUGCUCAGUGUCCUGUGGGUGGUAGAGUUGAGCUAAAGGUUGGAGCUCAGGUAAUGCUAGCUAAGAAUCUGGACGUGUCUCAAGGGCUGGUGAAUGGAGCACGAGGAGUUGUUGUAGGAUUUGAAACUGAACAGAAGGGGCUGCCCAAGGUGAGGUUUCUCUGUGGAGUCACACGAGUUAUCAAAAUGGAGAGGUGGCUCUUCAAAGGGCCGUCAGGAGUUCAUCUGAGUCGCCAGCAGUUGCCCCUAAAAUUGGCAUGGGCCAUUUCCAUUCACAAGAGCCAGGGCAUGUCUUUAGAUUCUGUGGAAAUCUCCCUGUCUCGUGUCUUUGAAAGUGGACAGGCUUAUGUAGCCCUUUCCCGAGCCCGUAGCCUUGCAGGUCUCCGUGUUCUGGAUUUUGACCCAAAAGUAGUGAGAGCUGAUCCUACAGUGUUGCAGUUCUAUAGGCAGCUGAAACGUCACCAACUUCAAACCCAGGAUUCGGUGCGCACCCACCCAGACACUGAUGAGAAGGAGAACUGGAAAUGCAGCUGAGAGUGUUAUUCUGGCCUCUGUGAGGCAUCGGCACAGACUGCUGAAUUGCAGCAACCUUGCUGUGAAGUAAAUUUGACACCAUAAAGGCAAAGUUGUGUUGGUUUUUUUUUCUGAACUCUACUGACUGGAUAUGUAGAAAUCUCCCAGUCCCAUCCCUCUGAAACCAAGAAGUAUUCUGUAGUCCUUUUCUGUGUACCUCUGUGCCACAAAUGUGACUAGCAAACGAAAUACUGAACAAGGAUGUGUCAGAAAGACCUUCCUAUGAUUUUUAUCCUGUCUAUCUGGCUAAGUUUCACCCAAUAUCUUGACUGUGAAACUUGGAUCUUCCUCUUCAAGUAUGCUGCAGUUGAGAGAGGGAAGUUGUGUGUCUUCUUUACCUGGCUGGACUGGACCUGUUCUCUAGAGCUGCUGACAUGAGGGGAAGCAGUACUAAGUAUCUAGAAUAUGUAUGUGAUUUUCCUGCAAGCGAGGAUCUACCAGGAGCCAGGAUUUCUCUGUAUAUCAUGCACCUGGAUCUUCUUGCCUUUUGGAUGUUUAAUACCAGCAGGAUUUGUGCAACUUUUUCCACAAACAAAAAAGUACAGAGUUGCACAUUGCCUACUGUGCUGAUGCAUUGUACUUUUUGUAUUCAUAAUUAUGGACCUACAAGAACUGGAAAGAUCUGUUACCCCUACAGCAAGAGGGGAGUGAACAGAAAUGGGUGCUGAUGGGGCCCUUGCUCCUUUAAACACAUGAGGCUUUCAAAUAGGAAGCAGUUUCUGCUAGAAGUGCAUCCAGGUUUCUGCUAGAAAUGCAUCCAAGUAGCAAGAUGGAAGCUGAAUGUGCAACAGGGAAAUGACCAAGGACUUGAAGUGAGUUGUAACUGCCUAUUUCAACAAAUGAAGGGAUGAAUGGAACUGUCCUUUUAUAAAAGCCUUAAUAAAACACAAACUUCA